AUGAGCUCAGUGGAGGAGGUGCCUUUUAAGAUCCCGCUGGGGGCGCUGGGGGAGGUGAAGGAGGAGGUGGUGCCGGUCACAGCGCCCGACAUCCCCGUGCCAGACUACCUGACCAUCCUACAAGAGACAGAGUAUGCGUUCAGACUGGAGAACUGGGUUCUUACGGGGCUCCAGGGGGGCUACCCAACCCACCCCCAGGCCCAGGUCCCGCGCUCCCCCUCGGACCUGCUGCCCACCUGCCCCCCUUACUGGAUGAUGUUCAGCAGCCCGCAGGAGAGCCGCCUGGCCAGCAGGUGGAGCAGUGACCUGUGGGAGCCCAACCCUCGCCGCCGCAGUCGCAGCCUCAACGCCUCGCACCUGCGCAACAGCGACGGCCGCGGGCGCUUCGUCAUCUCCGACUCGGACAACGAGGAGGACGACGACAACAACAACAGCGGUGGUGUCGUCAAGGCGACGGGCUCUCGCUCUUGCUCUCGCUCUCCGGGGGGAGACCUCAGAACCGGCGCCGGGCCCUCGCAGCGGUUCCUGGACCUGCCGGGAAGCCCGUCGUGUGUGCAGGCCCAGCCGGUUCCACCUACGCCUCAGCCACAGCCGCAGCCGCAGCCGCCGCAGCAGAACCAACUCAGGAACGUGCGGCAAGCGUCCCUGUCUGCGCGGAACCCGCCCCGUCCGCCGAACCUGAGGAGCAUCAGCCUGUCGGACCAGAGAUCGUCCCGCACCAAGAAGCCCUCCAGCACCGCGGCCAACAAGAGCCCAGCACAGGUGCCCAGGUCGCCCAUCAGGUGCACCAAGCCCUCGCUCAUGUCCCUGUGCUCCCUGCCGCGGCCCCCUCCUGCGUACGGAGCUGCUCGGCCGCUGGGUUCCCACGUGCCGCUGGACUCGUCGGUGGAGCUGCUGUCGGCGCUGAGCGAGGAGGAGCGCCGCCUGGUGGAGGCCAUCACACGCCACGGCUACUCCCUCCGCACCGCCAUCAUCGCCCUGCAGAAGACCCGCCAGCACAGCUCAGAGCAGAUCCUGAAUUACCUGGUGGCCUGCGACCGCCUGUGUGACCUGGGCUAUGACGAGGCCCAGGUGGAGGAGGCCCUGGAGAUGUUCCAGAACUGUGAGACCAAGGCUAAGGAGUUCCUCCUCCUCCUGAGCCAGUUCAAUGAGAUGGGGUUCCAGCAGAACGCCAUUAAGGAGGUGCUGCUGGUGCAUGAGAACCACCGGGAGCGCGCCCUGGAGGAGCUGAUGACACGCGUAGCCUGACGCCAGCCGGACCAAUCACGCGGCUCGAUGCUGGCCUGUGGCCAGCGACGUGAGACACGGCUGGCCAGAGCUGACCAAUGGCACAGCGCAGCACUGGAUGAACUGGGUGUUGUCCUUAACAGAUAUGGAUAAUUCUGUGUGCACCGGUGUGCACUGCCAAAGCCUUCUUCCUAUCUCUGGCUGGAACAGUAGAGACUGAACACUGUGGCCUUGGAAAGCCACCACUCUGUGUACAUACAUAAGCACAUAGGAGUUGUUAUUACCUCCGCCAAGGAGGUUGUGUUUUCAUGUGGGUUUGUUUGUCUGUUUGUUUGUUUAUUUGUUUGUUCACAAGAUAACACCUUAAAAAGUUAUGGAUGGAUUUUGAUGCAAUUUUCAGGAAAGGUCUGAAAACAGCCAAGGAAGAAACGAUUACAUUAUCCCUUUCAUGAGCAGUAGGCCUAAUGCAGGAUGUAGCUUCUAUAUUACUAUUUAGACUUCCUGUUUAUUGUUGUUAUUGUUAUUUUUAUCGUUGUUAAUGGUUCGUUCUAUGGUGCCUCCCCUCACUGGUAGAACUGACCCAACAGGCCUUACCCAGAACCGCCGGUCCGGAUCUGAGAGGGUUCUGGUAGCUCCAUGUCAUGUCAGAUCCAAAUCUGCCCCCUUGUCUGGGUACUAGCUGAAUAGGCAGUUUUGCACCAGCUACAUGUUUGCACUAAU